AUGAGAACCUCUGCUUCACCAAUAAUGAAGAAUCACAGCUCUGUUGUGAAACUGCCUAGUUUCGUCAUAUUCUUUCAGGUCACGAGCUUCUUAUUUUGUUCCACUGUUCUUGUCCAAGCAUCGCCCACCAUUCGAUACCUUCAUGGUCGUCUUGAAUUGGAAAAAAGUUCGAGUGGCUUGCUGGAAACCCAUUCCAGUUCUACAGUCUCCGAAGCCUGGAAGCAUUGUCAACACUCUGAAAAUUGCGUGUCCUUUGGAUUUCAAGCCACAGCACGAUAUCCCGGGGCCAAUGUGACAGUGGCGUAUUAUUCCGUCGCCGACUGGCACAUUCCCUCUCAUUUGGUCGAGUCGGAACCCUUCUUUGUGCCGGAUGACACCUGGCAUUUAUAUGUCAAUACGACUCGUGAACAGGCCAUGGUGGCCACUGAAGUCCAACAAACUUUGGCCAAGCUGAAAGCCUUGGAUGUGCAUGGCAUAUACGAAGACAAGGCGGAGAGUCUCGAGAAGUCUUCCUCGGGACGCUUGCGAUCCAGAGUUGCUAGUAGUGACACGGAUGCAUCUGCAUCUGCAUACAACAAGAGAGUACGGUUGCUGAAGGCUCAGGAAAAGGCGGGUUGGUUACUAGGACUAUUUGGGAUUGCCAAAUACAAGGCCCUAAGGCUAGCUUUGAUUCCCACUCUGACCCGACCACUCAUUCAAAUUGCCAGCGACAAUGACGAAAUGGAUGAAAUUCGAACGAUUGCCUUGGAAAUCAUCUUGGCCUUGACAGAUUCUUACGAAACGCCGGUGAUAUUACAAGGGGAAUACAAUCUUUUGGCCUAUUUGCAGGCCAUCAUUCAGCCUCCGAACAGUCAUGGCCAAAACCGCCACCAGAAGGCUACCAUCACGUGGGGAAUUGUCAACAGUAUGGCACUUGAUCUCAUUUCCAACAUGGCCUUGCAUGGGACAAAAUCCAAUCCCUUUGUCAUUCCCAACGGACUCUGGGACCUAUUGCAACAAAUAUCUCAAGCUGAAUCCGGAUCGGCGAUUGGUUUGCAGGCUUCCUUGGCACUCAUUCAUCUUUGGGGCACUGGAAUGAUGAAGGGUGUCAGUAUUGACAGCCUCCCAAAGUCUACCUUGUUAUCUCUGCUUGAAUUGCUAGAAGCUACGAUAGAUGGAGAUCCAGUGUAUGGAUACGAUUGGGACUUGAUGCCAGGUCCACUGAGUGCAAUUCAGCUGUUGGUCACCAAUGGAGCUACCGGUAGGAGUGACCCUACUGCCCAAUCGUCAGAUGUUGAAUCUAAACAAAGCGAGAACAGUGACACCGCAAGCAUGGUCGAUAUUUUAUUGAAUGCUGGAUUGGUUGAGCAGUUGACGCGGAUCUUGGACUCCACAGAAUCAUCCUUGCCAUCGGCUUUGACCACGUUGGCAACGCUUGAAAUCCUCCAAUGUCUUCGAAUACUUUCUCGCAAAGCCGAAAUCAUGGUGGCUUUGGUGGCUGCCACUAGCAUUGAUGCAACAAGACGUCGAUUACAGGAAUACGAAACGGUACAAGAAGUGGCACAAUCUCUAGCAAAAGAGGUUGCCUCUCACAAACUCCAUCAGGGUGGCGGGUGGAUGAUGGACGAGGACGACGGCCAAGAGUUGUGA